AUGCUCAUGGAGGACCCUAACGAAGCCAUAAGACCAGACUUCACAUCCCCAGAGCACCAAGAUGAGCGUCAGCCACUCAUCGCCGAGGGUCUCUCGGAAGAACAAGCCGCUCGUUCGCUAACAGCCUUAUGGAAUGUGAACAACAACGCCGACAAAGAGCGUUGGGCCCUCAGACAACGACGUCUACAGGACAUUAGACAACGAGAAGAGGAAGACGAAGAACAACCCGCAGUGAAAGAUCCGAAAGCUGCUCCCAUUGUCAAAGACGAAAACCUUUCUUGGGAGGACUUCAAUGAAGCAGCUCCCCAGCAUGAUCUCGUCGAUGAAAGUCCAUGA